UUUGUCCCUUCCACCACAUUACAGACCCCGUCGAUUUGGCUGGCGGCCGCCAUUUUGUUUGGUUGUUUGUGAGCUGCAGUGAACGCCGUGAAUUGCGCCUAACUACUAUUCUGCCCGUAUUCCUAGAGCAGUCUUUUGUUGGAGGUAUCAUGGCAGAUGACCUUGACGUGGAGGCCUUGCUGGAGGCACCUUAUCGAAAGGAGGAGGUGAACGGUGCAGGGAGCCUUCAUCAAGCAAGUUCAUCUGGAGAAGGCACUAAGGGCUCAGCUGACAAGGAGAACAGGCAUGGCAGCAGCAGCAAGAAAAGGCGCAGUCGGAGCCGUAGCCGGAGCCGAGGUCAUGGACGUCACAGGAGCCGAAGCCGUGGCAGGGACAAGCGCCGUUCCAGGUCCCGGUCUCGAGAGCGAAGGCGGCGGCGUUCGCGCAGCCCUGGACGUCGACGAGGACCACCGCUGCCUCCCCGGCCACGAAGCCGGAGUCGCAGCAGAGACAGGCGAAGACGGCGUUCUAUUUCACCUAGGCGAAGGGGCUUGGAUGACAUUACACCUGAAGAGAGAGACAUGCGGACGGUCUUCUGCAUGCAGCUUUCUCAACGCAUCCGUGCGCGGGACUUGGAGGAGUUUUUUUCAGCUGUAGGCAAGGUCCGAGAUGUACGGCUGAUCAUGGACAACAAGACACGGAGGUCAAAGGGCAUUGCGUACGUUGAAUUUCAAGAUGUGGAGUCUGUACCAUUGGCCAUGGGAUUGAAUGGGCAGAAGUUGUUUGGAAUCCCCAUAGUGGUGCAGCCAACACAAGCAGAAAGGAACCGGGCUGCUGCACAAAAUGCUAGCACAAGCAACAGCACUUUGCAACGAGGAAAUGUAGGGCCAAUGCGCCUCUAUGUUGGCUCGUUGCAUUUCAACAUUACAGAAGAAAUGCUCAAGGGCAUUUUUGAACCAUUUGGCAAAAUAGACAAGAUAGAGCUCAUCAAGGAUAUGGAGACCAACCGCUCCAAGGGCUAUGGUUUCAUCACAUUCCACGACUCGGAAGAUGCAAAGAAGGCUUUGGAGCAGUUGAACGGCUUUGAACUAGCGGGCAGACCCAUGAAAGUAGGCCAUGUGACGGAACGCACUGAUGUGUCUCAGGCACCCAGCUUCUUGGACAGUGAGGAGCUGGACCGAAGCGGCAUUGACCUGGGUGCUACUGGGCGUCUACAGCUGAUGGCCAAACUUGCGGAAGGUACAGGGUUCCAGAUACCCCAAGCUGCAGUGAAUGCCCUUCAAAUGAACCCCGCAGUCCUGCCAGGACAGCCUCAAGCAGCUGCUGUGGCGGCCGCAGCUGCACCAACAAUAGCCACGCAGUGUUUCCUGCUGUCCAACAUGUUUGACCCUUUGACUGAAACAAAUCCGUCUUGGGAUGAGGAGAUUCGGCGAGAUGUGAUUGAGGAGUGCCGCAAGCAUGGUGGAGCUCUACAUGUCUACGUAGAUCGGGCAUCACCUGAGGGACACGUGUAUGUCAAGUGCCCAACCAUUGCCUCAGCAGUAGCCUCUGUCAAUGCGCUGCAUGGCCGCUGGUUUGCUGGCCGUAUCAUUACAGCAGCAUAUGUCCCAGUCAUGAGCUACCACACUCUUUUCCCGGACUCUGCAACGACAACUGCCCUGUUGUGAAUGAAAGAGUUUGACGGUUGUGCAUGGA